CUUGGCGGCAAUCGGCAGAGACUAGCCGGGUUCGCAGAGUAGUGAAGUAGGUAGAUACGUAGUUGUCAAGAUCUUUAGAGGCCAACGAGUCUCUAAAGCUCUCUCCCCUACCACAUGGAUGCCUACCCCUCUGGUCCAAAAUCUUUCCUCCGCUGAUUUUCAAUCACAUUCACAACGCCAGACUAACCAACUGCCUCUUCACCACGAUCCGCAAUUUCCUCACGCGCAAGAACUGGACGAUCUGUCCCCCACCACCCAUCGCCGUCAACGAAAUCCCAACACCAAUCUGCCACAAGGGAACGAGGACAGCAAACAUCUUCUGGGAGAAGAAGAUUCCGACGACUCCGCCGACAACAGCCCUAUGGGUGCCAAAUCUCGACGCCCGAAAUCCCUCCAGCCAAAAAAGGACGGCUCGGCUUCCUCGUCUGGAGGGGAAAACGGCCAGACGUCCGACAACAUGAACAACAAUGUAGAAUAUAGGCGCAAGAAUGCCUCGCUGGAAUCGGAUACCGUCACGGCCAACCUGAUGGCCCGCGAAUCCUUUUCUCUCGACGACAAUGUUCCGCGCACUCCCACCAUGAACAACCACGGCUUCUUCGAACUCCCCAUGCAGGAUAGAAGGAAUUUUAUGUUGUUGGUCUUGCUAUACUUUUUACAGGGUGUGCCAAUGGGUCUGGCAACAGGUUCCGUGCCAUUUUUGUUGAAGGGAGCACAUCUAUCAUACAGUGCGCUAGGGGUGUUCAGUUUAGCCUCAUAUCCAUAUUCCUUGAAGUUGUUGUGGAGUCCUAUAGUAGAUGCCAUAUGGACACCCAAGCUGGGUCGACGAAAGAGUUGGAUCUUGCCUAUCCAGAUGCUCUCGGGAAUCGGAAUGCUAUGGUUGGGCGCAAGAGUGAAAGCUAUGAUGGUGGUAGCCGGCAACGAGGACGGAUCGGGCAUUUGGGGCUUCACUGGAUGGUGGUUCUUUUUGGUUUUCAUGUGUGCUACACAAGAUAUUGCAGUCGACGGUUGGGCUUUGACAUUGUUGUCCCCAGGGAAUAUUUCGUAUGCUUCGACUGCGCAGACGGUAGGUUUGACUGCUGGCCAAUUCAUGUCCUACACGGUUUUCCUCGCUUUUAAUUCUCCCGAUUUUGCCAACAAAUACUUCCGAAAAACUCCACUAGGUGAAGGGGUGAUGACACUUGGGGGCUAUCUUACAUUCUGGGGAUGGGCAUAUUUGAUCGUGACAAUCGGACUGGCUGUUUUUAAGAGGGAAGAAAAGACUAAGAACGAGGACGGCAUUUAUGAUGUUUACAAGGUCAUGUGGGGAGUUUUAAAACUUAAGAACAUUCAGACCAUUAUUAUUAUCCAUUUAAUCGCCAAAAUCGGAUUCCAGGCCAAUGACGGGGUUACUAACCUGAAGCUCAUCGACAAGGGAUUCAGCCAAGAAGAUCUCGCACUUACUGUUCUGAUCGACUUUCCUUUUGAAAUUGGGUUAGGGUACUAUGCUGGGAAAUGGUCCACGACAUACACGCCUAUGCGAUUAUGGUGCUGGGGUUUCGUGGGACGUCUUCUAGCAGCAGUUAUCGCUCAGAUUACUGUCGUCAUCUUCCCCGAAAAUGGUGUCGAUACUUGGUAUUUACUUGUUGUUAUCGCCGAGCAUAUAUUUUCUACUUUCACCAACACUGUCAUGUUCGUUGCCAUUUCAGCUUUCCAUGCUAGAAUUGCAGAUCCCGUCAUUGGCGGUACAUACAUGACUCUGCUAGCUACGUAAGUUUCUCGAUCCUCCUUCAAUCUCACAUACGCUCAUAAGAAUACAGCGUCUCAAACUUGGGUGGUACUUUCCCCCGAUUUUUCGUCCUCAAACUCGUCGACUUCUUCACCGUCGCAUCUUGCGUUCCCCCGGCAUCCGAUUUCAAGCUCCCAUCCAGUCUCAAGGGUCCUCUCGUCACAUCCGCCUUUGACUGUUCCAUGUCAGCCGAGAAAGAUCGGUGUAUCCAAGGUGGUGGGCUGUGUGAUGUCACCUCGGAUGGGUAUUAUGUGAUGAAUGUUGUCUGUGUUGUCAUUGGCCUAGUCACCUUUUAUGGGUUUAUUAAACCUGCUGCGUUGAAGUUGCAGGCGUUGCCUUUGAGGGCGUGGAGAAUUGCGGGUGGUAGUAACUAG